UUCUUGGUGGUUGUCGGUGAUAGUGCUGGUGGCACGGUAGUAGAGCCCCGCCCGGUGGUGUGGUGGUAAUGGCCAACACUGCACAUCUGUUCCGCAGGCAGAGUUCUCGGGAUUUGAUCCAGCAGGCGACUGUGCGGAGCUUAGAUGAGCUCGAGCUAAGGGAGCUUCGCAGUCGGUUGGUAAGGGCAGAGAACGGAUCGCAGAAUGUGGUGUACGGCGCGACGAAUCAGGCGUUUAUCAGCGACGACGAUCCACCGAUGGGCCGCAUACUGGACAUUGGACCGUCGGCGGCUGGUCCGCCCGGGAAGGAUACGCGUAAGCUUACGAUGCAGGCAUCAAUCGUAUCCCAGCAGCAGGAGGCAGCGAUCGUCGAGCGGCCGGAAGACGAGCGGGAAAGCUGGGACAGCAAGUGGACAUUCCUGCUCGCCACCAUUGGGUACGCCGUCGGACUCGGAAACGUUUGGCGCUUUCCUUAUUUGGCGCAGAAAAAUGGCGGCGGCGCAUUCCUGGUACCGUACUUCGUCAUGCUCCUGCUGCAGGGUUUACCCAUCUUCUAUCUCGAGCUCGCCAUCGGCCAGCGGCUACGGAAGGGCGCUAUCGGCGUUUGGCACGAGGUGUCCGCAUAUCUUGGCGGCAUCGGCAUAUCGUCCGCCUUCGUCAGCUACAUUGUCGCACUGUACUACAACACCAUCAUCGCCUGGUGCCUGAUCUAUCUGCUGCACAGCUUCGAAACGCCCCUCCCGUGGGCCGAAUGUCCGAAGCGACUGUUCAAAAACUUUACCUACGACAUCGAGCCGGAGUGUGUGGUGUCAUCCCCGACCAAGUACUACUGGUACCGGGAAACGCUGCAAGUGUCGCCGAACGUGAACGAACCGGUGGAGAUUAACUACACGGUCGCGCUGGCACUUAUUACCGCGUGGUCACUCGUCUAUCUGUGCAUGGUGCAAGGUAUUACCGAGUCGAGCAAGAUCGUUUACAUUACCGCCAUAUUCCCGUACGUCGUGCUGAUCAUAUUCUUCUUCCGUGGCAUCACGCUCAAGGGUGCAUCCGACGGUAUUGCGCAUCUGUUUACGCCGCGCUGGGAAUCGAUACUCGAACCGGUCGUGUGGUUGGAGGCCGGUACACAGAUUUUCUUCUCGCUCGGGCUUGCUUUCGGAGGUUUGAUCGCGUUCAGCUCGUACAAUCCGGCCAACAAUAACUGCUACCGUGAUGCGCUCGUUGUGUCCAUUACCAACUGCUCCACAUCCAUGUUUGCCGGUGUGGUUGUAUUUUCCGUGAUCGGCUUCAAGGCCACUUCUAUCUAUGACAGCUGCGUCGAGGAACGGACGGACAUGAUGCGGCAGAACAAAUCGCACGACCUGCUGCCUGUGUGCGAUCUGCAGAAGGAGUUGGAAAAUAGUGCAUCCGGUACCGGGCUGGCGUUCAUUAUCUUCACCGAAGCCAUCAACCAGUUUCCUGCGGCUCAGCUAUGGGCGGUACUGUUCUUCCUGAUGCUUUUUACGCUCGGCAUCGAUUCACAGUUUGGCACGCUGGAAGGUGUCAGCACCUCACUGAUGGACAUGAAACUGUUUCCCAACGUGCCGAAGGAGAUGAUUACUGGGGGACUCUGCAUGUCCUGCUGUGUCCUAUCCAUGUGCUUUGCGAACGGUGCUGGUAGCUACAUCUUCCAGCUGAUGGAUAGCUUCGCCGGUAGCUACACGUUGCUCAUCAUUGCGUUUUUCGAAUGCAUUGGCGUCAGCUAUAUCUACGGACUAAAGAGGUUCGCCGAUGACAUUGAGCUGAUGACGGGCGCUCGACCCAACCUUUACUGGAUGCUGUGUUGGAAGUACAUAUCGCCGAUCGCCAUGAUUACAAUCCUGGUCGCCUCAUUCCUCGAACUUGCCUCCGAAGGCAGUAGCUAUCCGGGAUGGAAUGCGCUCACCGGCAGCACCGAUCGGCUCGAGUGGCCCCAUUGGUGUAUUGUCGUUGCGAUUUUGCUCAUACUGGUGUCCAUCCUGUGGAUUCCCGGCGUUGCCAUCCUACGACUGUGCGGGAUCAACGUGAUCGAAGACAGUGAGCCCGCCUGGUUCCCAUCGGCCGAGCUGCGCGAUGUGCACGGCAUUGUACCGCACGAACCGACCGACGUGGAGAUAUCGCUCUUCUGUAUUCGCGCCGAUGGUUCGGAAGGACUCUGCUGCCCGACGUACGGACCCCGAGAGCAGCCACUUGACGAGGAGGAGUAA